AUGGACGCAUCGGAAAGCGGACAUGUGAGUGAAGAAUGGGGUCCUGAUGCCGGCGACAAGCCGUGGGAUCAGGGUCCCUUCGGUGGACAAGGCGAGUCUGGAGGAGCUGAUGGAGAGUAUGGUCUGAGCAAGGCUGCACUGAAGGCGUUGAACGAAUUAAGAGCAAACAAUGAGUUGUGCGAUGCGACCAUUCGAACUGCCGAUGGCGGAGAAUUCAGGGUCCACCGGUCCAUUCUGGCCGCGUGUUCUCCCUAUUUUCGGGCAUUGUUCACCACUGUUGUGCAUCGUUACGAGAAGCGCGAUGUUUUGAUACCCGGUGUAAGUUCCGACAUGCUGGCCAAGAUAGUAGACUAUGCAUAUACGAAGAAGACCCUCGUCAAUGCCCACAAUGUAACUGCUUUGUUGCCUGUGGCGGAUCAGUUCUACGUUGUUGGCAUGUUGGACGAUUGUUGUCGUUUUUUGUUGGAGCGUAUGAGUCCCGAUAACGUGAUCGGGAUUUUCAAGUUCUCCAAUGUCCUUGAACGGAAUACGCGCGAAGCAAAUGAACUGGCUUUGGAAUUGUCGCGUGCCGCUUACACCUAUGUGAUGAAGAACUUCGUAGAAGUGGCGGCGGAGUCGGAGGAGUUGAUGGAAUUGCCUGCGGACGACUUGGCUGCCAUUUUGUCAUCGGAUGAUCUGAACGCGCGGCACGAAGAGCAGGUUUGGGAUGUGGUCUUGAAAUGGAUCAACAAGAGCCCUACGAGUAGAAAAGCUCAUAUCACUUCUUUGCUCAACACCAUAAGGCUGGGCCUCAUGGAUAUACAAUUCUUUGUUGAAAAGGUGAAAAAUCACCCAUACGUGAGUGGAGAAGAAGCGUGUCGCCCGGUUGUAAUUGACACGCUGCGAUUUUUGUACGAUCUGGAAAUCAUAACUGAGAAAACUGGGGCUGUAAUAACGCCAGAACUCGCGAGGCCGAGGAUCCCUCACGAAGUUAUGUUCGCAAUCGGGGGAUGGAGUGGUGGAACACCCACCAAUGCAAUAGAGACCUACGACACUAGAGCCGAUCGUUGGGUGAAGGUUGAGGAAGUGGACCCGUUGGGACCUAGAGCGUAUCAUGGAACAGCUGUUAUUGGAACAGAUAUUUUCGUCAUCGGGGGUUUCGAUGGGGUUGAUUACUUCAACUCUUGCCGUUGCUUCAGCGCUGCUACCAAAACGUGGAAAGAAAUUGCUCCGAUGAACUGUCGCCGGUUGGCCUUCAUUCUUCCCAUUAAAUCAAUAUUGUGUUACGUGAGUGUAGCUGUUUUAAAUGGCUACAUUUACGCGAUGGGAGGCUAUGACGGACAUCAUCGACAAAACACGUGCGAAAAAUACGAUCCGGUUGCCAAUCAGUGGACCAUGAUUGCCACAAUGAACGUUCAGCGUUCGGAUGCUUCAGCAACCACUCUUGACGGUGGGCUUUUAAAUUCCGAAUGUAGUAUUUUUUCUUACAAAAGUUCGAAUGUGUUACCAUCAGGCAAAAUAUUCAUCACUGGAGGCUUCAACGGACAAGAGUGUAUGAAUUCAGCGGAAAUCUACACUCCCGAAACGAAUUCGUGGUCUGUGAUGCCACCCAUGCGAUCUCGUCGGUCAGGCGUCAGCUGUAUUGCGUAUCAAAACCAACUAUAUGUUAUAGGUGGGUACGAGGCGACUGACAUGAAUCUUUACCGCUCGGCAUUGUCGGCAUGUGUUGUGGAUGGUUUGCCGAAUUUGCACGAGUAUAUUCAUCAACAUCGAGACGGACUCAUGGAGGAAAAGCGGCAAAAACUGCUCGCUUUGCAACAACAACAAAUGCGAGCUCUUGAGCAGGAUGAUCAAGAAGCAACUAAUAAUGGCAGUAACGUUGCUGUGGGAGGAUAACAAUAGGCAAACUUUUUUCUCGGCUCGAUCGUUUUUGUUUUUCAAAGCGCGGGAGUUUCAACUUUCUUGUACGUGGGAACUUGAAGCGGGAAAAAAAUACCGCCGUGUUAGCGGGCGGCGACUACGUGACGUAAUAGUUUUCACUGUGCGUUUUUGUUUCCGAUUCGUUGGAACUUCCGGCC